AUGGCUUCAACCUCUAAACAAACAAGAAGUUGGACAUAUGAUGCUUUCUUGAGCUUCAGGGGUGACGACACUCGCAACAAUUACGUAGGUCAUCUUUAUGCAGCUCUUGUUCAGAAAGGAAUACAGACGUUCAAAGAAUUUGGUGGAGGGAAACCGAUAUCUCAAGAACUUGUGAAAGCCAUCCAAGAAUCAAGGUUUUGGUUGGUUGUAAUUUCUAAAAAUUACGCAAACUCUUCAUGGUGUUUGGAAGAGCUUGCAAAAAUCAUGGAGUGCUAUUGGGAUGAUAAGACGGGACAGAAGAAAGUAUUACCGGUGUUUUACCAUGUCGAUCCAUGUGAUGUGUGCAAACAGAAAAACAGCUUCGCAACAGUGUUUGAGAAGCACGAGGAGAAGGAAGAGAUGGAAAAAGUGAACACGUGGAAGGAAGCUUUAACUGCUGUUGCUUGUUUAUCAGGCUAUCAUAUCUCAACAGUCAGUGGAUAUUUGCCUAUACUGAGAAAAAAAGAAAAAGAAAGAAGUAAUACUGUAAAUGGAUACACGAAAUGUGGUGAACACGCAAUUAUUGACAAGAUUGUUCAAGAGAUCUUACGCAAUAUACAACCUCUUGGUCAUGAGAGUUGUAUAAUAGGUAUAGAGUCUCAUAUGGAAAACUUAAAUUCAAAACUGAUCAUAGAAGCAACCAAAAAGGUUCGGGUUAUAGGGAUACUUGGAAUGGGAGGGAUUGGCAAGACUACUAUUGCCCGAGCAUUGUUUAGAAGAAUUUCUUAUAAGUUUCAAGGUAGCUGCUUUGUUAAGGAUGUUAGACAAAAUAGUUCUAGCGAUAACUGUCACACCCCGUUAAAAAGUUUUAAAAGAGAUUCUGGGGAUGGCCCAGGGGUUUGGUAUUCUGGACCCGAGUAUGGAGCAACCCUGAUACAAGAAAGAUUUUACAAUAAGAAAGUUGUUCUUGUUCUUGAUGAUGUGCAUGAUAUGAAGCAAUUAGAGUUCUUAGCUGCAACACAUGAGUGGUUUGGUCCAGGAAGCAGAAUUAUUAUAACCACUAGAGACGAGCAUUUAUUAGCAGAUUCAAAUGACAUUUACAAACCUCCUCUUUUACUUAAAGACCAAGCUGUUGAGCUCUUUAGCAGGCAUGCCUUUCGGAAAAAUAGCCCUCCAGAUGGGUACAUAGAGCUUUCAGAUAGUGCAAUACACUAUAGUGGUCGUCUUCCUCUGGCCUUGAAAGUUUUAGGCUCCUUUUUCCGUGGAAGAGACGCGCACAUUGCAUGUUUCUUCAAGGGUGAAAAAUUAGAAGAUGUCACUAGAAUACUUGAUAACUUUGGUUUUGACCCGGUGAUAGGGAUUAGUGUUCUAAUAGAAAAGUCGCUUUUAACCGUUUCAAAAGAAAAGCUACGUAUGCAUGAUCUUAUUCAAGAAACGGGUUGGCAAAUUAUUCGUGAGAGUGCCCCGAAUAGCAGGCUAUGGAAACAGGAAGAAAUACUUCGGGUCAUACAUAAAAGCAGAGAAUUUGAUGCCAUUGAAGCCAUCGUGGAGCCAUUUUCCGGCAAGAAGAUGGGUUUCAAUGCAGAUUUGUUUAGAAAUAUGAUGAAUCUUCGGCUACUCCAUGUUAACCUUGAAUUCACUUUUGGGGAACCUACCUUUUUCCCUGAUGAGUUACGAUGGCUAUAUUGGCAGCAAUACCCAUAUUUAUCCCUGCGAGUAACUGACAUGUGUAGGCUCGUUGGGCUUGACAUUAGUAUGGGCAAGAUUGAACAUUUAUGGAAGGGACAACAGAAUAUGCUGAACUUGAAGUUCAUUAACCUUCAAAGUUGCAGUUAUCUAGCAAGGUUUCCAGAUGUUUCAGGUACACCAAAUAUUGAGAGGAUUGAGAUGGACUCCUUGGAGACUCUAAUUCUCAUUGAGUGUACAUCUCUUGAAAGAAUCCCAUAA